GAAGAUGGAGGGUGCAACGGCUGGGUUCUUCACCCAGCUCAUGGCACUCUCCAAGCGAGAGGCGCAGAACAUCUGGCGUGACAAGCCCGGUCUGAUUGCCUCCAUCGUGGUCCCCCUGGUGCUGAACGUUUUCUUCGCCCUCAUCUUCUUCCAGGUGGGCGACAUCAUGCUGGACGAUUAUGAUCCGCGCUCGCACUUCGGAGGAAUGACGCAGGUGGCUAUCGGAGGCAUGUUUGGUGCUGCCCAGCCGUUGUUGCUCAAGUUCCCGCUCGACCGUGGAAUCUUCUUGCGUGAAUAUGCCACGCAGACCUAUGGCUCCGCAGCGUAUUUCCUCUCGAAGACGAUGGUGGAACUGCCCCAGUCCUUCAUGAACGCAGUCAUCACUUGGGGCGCAGCUUACUUCCUCAUGGGCUUGCGAGGCCAGUUCAUGAUCUACGUCCUGGUCUUCUGGGUCACUGGUGUCGCAGCUGCCUCCACGGCGGUGCUGGUGGGCUGCCUUGCGGCCAACGCAGAGGUGGCCCAGCAGGCAGCACCUGCUGUGUUCGUGCCGCAGCUGCUCUUUGCAGGCUUCUUCAUCACCACAGAGCAGAUCCCCUCUUGGUUGCGCUGGGCAUCUUACCUUUGCGCUCUGAAGUACGGCAUGAACUUGAACAUCCUGAACGAGUUUGGUCCAGAUGCAGUGGCGGACUGGCCGGAUGUCAUGAUGAUGAACCCGGCCACACGUGUCAAGGACACACCGCUCAAGGCCAUGGUCAACGAACAGUUCGUGGUGAGCAACAGCAUCAACCCAGACCACGUCUGGCUCUACGUCGGCAUCCUCCUGGCCAUCAUCGUCGUUGUGAGGAUGCUCUCCAUCUUGGCUCUGGCCCGACGCGCAGCCUCCUUCUUCUGA